AUGCGGUUAUCAUUUGCGCUGGUGGUCAUCUAUACGGUGUGUGGCCUGCUUGUGCUCGCGACACAGAUCUCUCAUGAGGCGCGUGGCAGUCAUGGAGAAAUCGCCGAUAUAGCCCCACGGGCCACAGAUUCUGACGCUACCACUGCGGAGCCUACGAAGACGGAGACGGCCUCAGACGAGACUGAAACCGCGUCAAAUGAGAAAACAAGCGAAAGCGAAACGGCGACGGCGACAGACUACACAAAGACAUCAGCCACGAGCACCACAACGUCGCCGACGGAGACCCCCUCAAGCCCGGUGAAGAAUGAAACGAGCCCCGUCGCACCCGGUUCCUUGCCAUUGGAGCCCGAAAUCACACCGGCUCUGGGUAUCAGCGGAUUUAUUCUUUUGACAACCGGCGCAAUUCUAGCGCUGAUUGGGAUACGGAAUCUAUGGGUUCAGGUCUUCCUUUCUACGGCGUUCUUGACCAGCCUGGGAGUUACCGUCCUGAUCGUAUAUGUGAUGAGCCCACCCGUCCGGGUAGCAGUACAAGGCGCAUAUCUCGUGGCGGUGUUUUUCACCGGCGUAACAUUCGGCGCACUGUCAAUCGUGUUCAAAGAACUGACCGAAGGACUCGGCUGUCUACUGGGAGGAUUCUGCGUCAGCAUGUGGCUCCUUUCCCUGAGCCCGGGUGGUCUUCUCAAAGACUCCGGCUCCAAGAGCGGCUUCAUCGGUGCCAUCUCCGUCGGCUGCUACGCGAUGUCGUUCAGCCAAUACACGCGCCCGUGGGGACUGAUCGUGUCGACUUCAAUUGCAGGAGGCACGGCCGUCGCGCUUGGUAUUGAUUGUUACAGCCGGGCCGGGCUAAAAGAGUUCUGGCUCUACAUCUGGGGACUCAACGAAGACAUAUUCCCGCUGGGGACAAACACAUAUCCCGUGACGCGGAACAUCCGCGUCGAGCUCGCAGCGACCGUCAUUGUCGCCAUCCUGGGCGUAAUAUCACAGCUGCGCCUGUGGAAGAUCAUCCGCGAGAAGCGCCGCAAGGACGAAGAGGUGCGUCUGGAGGAGCAAAAGCGCGACGAAGAAUCGGAGGCCGAGACCGCGCGACACCUAGAAGAGAAGAACAUACGCGAGCGCAACGAAUGGGAAACCAAGUAUGGCGAUCCCAACUCCGUGACCGAGCUGCCCGACGACGAAGAGAAAUGCCAUAACCCCUCUCAGCUGGCAAAAGAGGAAAUGCAAAGUAUCACGAGCUCCUCGUACUCUGAGAAAUCGCCCCGGUGUUCCGACUGCAGGGAGAGAGCUGACAACGGCGAGUCCGCCUAUGCGUCUUCUGAAUCCAGCAGCAGUAGCAGCGGAUCAUCGAGGCCAGAUACCUCGAGAGGCUCAGUGGACGAGAACGAUACUCCGCACGUCAAGGUCUUCGACGGGGCAGCCGCCUCCAAGAUCAAGGAUGACCGAGCCUCUGAUGUGACCGCUAUCCUUGGUUCCGAGACAGCUACUAUCCGCUCGAAGCGGUUCUCCGGGAAGUCCUUCAAAAACUUGAGAAGAAUGUCUGUCAUGUCCAGAAGCAGCAUGGGUCAGAUCUCCCAGUCUCAAGAAGCGCUGCUCCCUCGCGACGAUGGCUCAUCGGUCCAAGGUAUCGCGGACGAAGCCAGCGACGCGGAUUCGGGGGCCCUUACAAUGGCUGCGGGGGAUCCUCGCGAGACGAAGGAUGCCCCCGAGUCCAAAAAUGAAGACGAGGGUGAAGCGAGAGAGGAAUCUAGCAAAUUUGCCCAAGAGGCUGUGGAGUCAAGGAAGUUUUCAAAAGAAACCAAAGGAUCUCCAGAAGAGUUCGAGGGACUGAAAGAGGGGCCGAAGGAGAGUUCUGAAGAGAAUCUCAAAGUCUCUAAGAAAGAGCACAAGAAAGCCAAUAAGCAAAGUCGAGCAAAGCCAUCCCUCAAGUCUACGCCAAUUGCAAGAUCGGAAGAUAAAAGCCAUAGUGAGGAUUCGCCGGCUGAGAAGAACAAGGCUGCCGAAGAAAAGUCCAUCUCGUCGGAGGAUAGCUCUACGCAUGCAUCCCCAGACGCCGAAAUUCCCCCUCCCCUCAAGCCACGGAAGUCCUCGUCUUCCAAGGUGAAAUCGAAUGAGAAGAACCGAUCUUCUUCGUCAAUCCCAAAGACUACGAGCAAGCCGAAGAAAGAGAAACCUCAAGGACCCCCGAAAUUGGAUACACAAACGGUCAAUCACCUGCCACAGCGGUCUUCGAGGGUCGUCCAAUGCUAUCGGACGAACGAAUGGGCGAAGCACCUGGCCGACGCAGAAGCUCCGGAGCUAGAGCCUAUUGAGCCGGUCCAUGAGGACGAUCCAGACACCCCAGAUGACGCGGGAGAGGCGCCUGCACCGGUCCACGUCGAGGAGCUACUACAAACGCCGCUGAAUGCACAGCCGCCGCCCGCUGUCGAGUUCCGGUCCCCAUUAGCAAGGGAACCCCCCAACGCAAACGAAGACAGCCGAAGGUCUAGCGACUCCCGUCGGCACUCUUCAACAAAGAAACAACGAGGAUCUGGUGUACCUUUCGUGCCAACGACUCACCUCUCUCAGGUGUCAGUUCCCCAGCCACCGCUCGUGCAAACGAUAGCAGAUGAGCCAAUUCUAGGCGCGGCUUCUCCUCCGGCAGACCCAUCCAAAGAGGAGAACCAGUCGGCCAAACCGCAGUGGAAAGGGCCCCCGCCGCUGAUUGCGGUGCGCGAGGGCAUGAUGCGCAACCGGCUGUCCUCAUUCUCACUCCAUGCCGACCCCUGGUCUUCGCGGAGCAGCCCCGGACAGUCACCGAUCGUGGAGUCUCCUCCUCAUCCACUUCCUCCAAUCCGACACACCUCCACCACAUACCCGCCGAUCCCAGAAGAAGCAGACGACCUGCCACUGUCGCAGCGCCGGACGAUGCUCCACCAGCGCACCUCGGUGGUCAACCCCCUGAUCAAUCCGUUCGACCUCCCGCUUGAGUCGCAUCGGGACGCUCAUCCGCUCCUGUCGAUCCCCGAGCGGCGACGCAGUCGAAUCACCCCGUCGCCGAACAGCCUAGUAGUGGAACGCAGUCAGGGGGAGACCGAGAGCGGCCGCUCCAGCAUCGCCUUGCCUCGACGGCAACGGAGGCACAGUGGCGCAUUUGCAUUCGACAAUCGGUGGGCCCCAGAAGAGAUGUCGGCCCCUCAUGCGAUGAGUCAGGACACACAGGGCUUGCGCCCACCGGACCGGGCGCAUCUGGGCGGGGAGCUUCCGGCCGGUCCCCCGGGCCCGCCGCUGGAGGAUCGCCCGCGGCACAUUGCGUCGCAGGCCUCGUUGCGGUCGAAUGCCCCGAUCGCAUCGAUCCCGUCCCACACGGUUCCAGUCGGCGAGGCCGACGUCGCGGAGGAAUUGGCCUGGGGACCCGCCCAUCCGUGCUUCCCGCACUUCAACCCGCACGUACCCAUCGGAUCGCAGGAGUACGAGACGACUCGGAUCAUCCGCAUCCGCCGCGACUGGAUGAUCAAGGGCGAUCUGGCCCCGACGUUCUCCAAUCUGUAUCCGGAGAUCCUCGACCCCCUCAUCCCCGACCAGGAAUUCCGCCGGAUCAUCAACACCGUCAAUGACGCGCUGGUCCAGGCCUUCGACCCGUUCAGCCUGCGGAACUGGGUGGACGGGGUGGUGGGAUUGUUGACGGGCUGGGUGUGGGAGGAUCUCGGGGCGCCGGCCGUCAAGAGUCACCUCCAGCGGGUGGAAGACUGGCUGGAGAAUUGGAACCGCGAAGUGGGUGAGAAGGACGGGGUGCAUAUCUGGAGUCUCCGACGAUCGGCCUACAUGAGCCUGGAUAUUCAGAUCCCCGAUCCCAAGGUAGGCAUCAUUCCGACGCAGUCCAUCGCAUCGCGGCCGGGGAGUGCGAUGUGAAUUUUCUUCUUUUUUCUCUCUUAUUCCCCCAUUUUUCUUUCUUCCUGUCCUCCCUUCUUCCCUUCUUGCUAAAAAACGGCACGAUACCAGCUCUUACGUCGUUUGUGCUUGUUGCUAUGAUGUUCACGUUCUUGGAGAUACCAUCCGUGCGUUUUGAAACCCCUGAGUUGAUCUGAUUGAUCUUUGUCUAUAAUUUUAUUCUCUGUGGAUAAUUGCUGCGGAUUAAUAGUAUUUAUUAUACAUAUCAAG